GUGGCAAGUUGUUUGUUACAGUGUAGCACCAGCUGCUUUUUGCACUCUGGAGCCGCCGCUGUGCGAGUCUUCCUGAACUCAUUCAGCUUCUCAGCUGCCCCUCUCCCCGUGAAUCCCCUCUGUCUCCCCGCUUACUGCCCCUUCCUCCACUUUCCCCACCAGCAGCCCUGGGGGGGCAAAAAAAAAAAACCCCUCCAAAACGAUAAAGAUCUGCAAUCCACACAAAAGGCAACAACACUAUUCCCUCUAGAUGUUCUACAAAUGAGAAGAAGAAAAAGAUGGAACUGCAUAUCCUAGAGCACAGGCUAAAAGUAGCCAGCAUAGCCAAGGAGAACAUCCAGUUGUUUACCUAUGGAUUAAUCAAACUUGCCUUUUUGUCCUCCAAAACCAGGUGCAAGUUUUUCAGUCUGACGGAAACUCCAGAAGACUAUACUAUUAUCGUGGAUGAAGAAGGUUUUCUAGAACUACCAUCUUCAGAACAUUUAAGUGUAGCAGAUGCAACAUGGUUAGCCCUUAACGUGGUCUCAGGAGGAGGAAGCUCCUCCAGCUCCCAGCCAAUCGGAGUGACCAAAAUAGCAAAAUCAGUCAUAGCACCACUUGCAGACCAGAACAUCUCUGUGUUUAUGUUAUCCACUUAUCAAACAGACUUUAUAUUGGUACGUGAGAGGGAUUUGCCUUUUGUAAUGCACACACUGGCUGCAGAGUUUACCAUUUUGCAGGUGGUGAAUGGAGAAACUGUAGCUGCUGAUAAUCUUGGAGUAACAAAUGGAUUUGUGAAACCUAAGCUUGUUCAGAGGCCAGUUAUCCACCCACUUUCCAGUCCAAGCAAUAUGUUCUGUGUUACCAGCCUGGAUCCCUAUACCCUUCCAAGUGUGACUACACUCCUAAUGGAUGUUAUGUUUUACUCCAAUGGAGUAAAAGAUUCGGUGGUGGGCAGUGAGGAAUCUGGUCAUAUCCGCUUCUUUUCCUUCUCUCUCAUUGAGGGCUACAUUUCCUUGGUAAUGGAUGUACAGACACAGCAGAGGUUUCCUAAUAAUUUGCUGUUUACAAGUGCGUCGGGCGAGCUUUGGAAGAUGGUUCGUAUAGGCGGACAACCUCUAGGUUUCGAUGAAUGCGGGAUUGUUGCCCAAAUCUCAGAACCUUUAGCUGCUGCUGACAUCCCAGCAUAUUAUAUCAGUACCUUUAAAUUUGAUCAUGCACUGGUACCCGAAGAAAACAUCAAUGGUGUCAUUAAUGCUCUUCAGGUCAGCCAAGCAGAAAAGCAUUAGAAGUCUUCUGGCUGGUGGCUAGCUUCUUUUUAUUAUCUGUGCAGUAUUUCGAAACAAGCUGAAUCUCAAGAAGUGCCAUGAAGGAAGAGAGACACUGAAAUAGAGAUGAAUGUGAAAGUCUUCAGCAAGUUUUUUGUUUUCUUUUUAUUCUCUUAUGUUAGUUUCCAAAGUGUUCUGUAACGUUCCUGCUAACUUGGUAUGGAAAAAAAAAAGAAAACCAGGAAAAAAGUAAAAAAGAUAAAGGAAAAAAAAUAUUUAAAAAAAUCAUUGCACAGUUGCAAUUAGUUAUUACCGGGAUGCUGUGCAGCCUUGUCUGUAGACAUGAUCUGCACCUUAUAGAUGAGUGUGAAAAUUUUGUUCAGAAACGUGUGUGGAAAGUUUUAGACGCUUGAAAAAGGAAUGAACAUCACAAAAUGGUAAAGAAUAUUGCACUGUAUCCAUCUACUCCUCGUCACACGUCUCAAAGAUUGUAAUACCACAACUAGUACUACAUGUUGAAUAGUCCUGCGUCUCUUAUCCUUGCCAGUUCCUGAGAGCAAUAGAUUGCAGGCUGCUCCUGCUUGAGACACGGAUUGAAGUUUGUUGGGCAGAACCAAUGAUCCCCAUCGGCUGAUCGCACUGCAGUUUCCAUGCAGGGAUGAAAGAGGGAGUGUUGGCAGCUUUGUAUAGUUCUCUGCACCUUGACUCUGCUUUGACCCCCUUUUAUUUCUACGCAUGGUGAACUGUGUUAUUGUUGUAUUUUUGUUUCAUAGUGACUCUUCUAGCCCAAAAAAAAAAAAAACUUUUUCAGAGGUUUUUAAUUGUUGAACCAUGUCCACCCCAGUCAUGCAAGCAUCAUCUCUUUGGACUUGUUUUCAAAGUCUCCUCAAAAGGCAAAAAAAAGUGCUUUGCUGCAACAAAAAAAAAUGUAAUUUUGACUUCAGUGGUUCAUAAACUGGUUUCAUUUGAUUAUUGAGCGAAGAAAAGAGAAAAUCUGCUGCAUGUCAAGAGUGGAUCUUCACUCUUAGAGUUUGAGACUUCGUCAUAGCCCUUCCCUAUUACACUAUAUAUUAUAGGCUAUCCCUUGAAAUACUGUCAGUUUUAUCUUGUGUGAAUUUCUACGUCUAGGCGCUUAUGCAACACAGAGGACUACUGUACUAAAGACUGAAUUGUGACUGAAUACCAAGUUGUGGCAGACAUUAGGGUAUCUAUGCCAUAUUAUGGUAAAUCAGAUUUUGUUUUUUUCUUUUCUACUUAUGUUAUUUUCCAUAUCGUUUUGUGAUAUUUGCGAGUGCCACUCCUAACCUUUCUCCUCGAAGUGGCAGACAUUUAACCUUUGUCAGUCACCUCCUACAAUAACAUACUGACCAGUACAGGUAUAACCACAGAAGGGCUGUCUCUGUUAGGGGGAGAGGCUAUGAUAAUUUAGAUUUAUACACAAUCUACGACAGGCAUCCUCAAACUGCGGCCCUCCAGUUGUUGCAAAACUACAACUCCCAGCAUGCCUGAACAGCCUACAGCAGGACAUUGUGGGAGUUGUAGUUUUAAAACAGCUGGAGGGCCGCAGUUUGAGGAUGCCUGAUCUAAGACAAUGGCAUUGAUCUCAUAUUUGCAUUUGACCUCUAGAAUUUUUGCAUAUUAUUAAGGGUCAGCAAAAUAGGUUGAGGUUAAAUGUUAUUUACCAGAUUUUUAAAGGGGUUCUCCAGG